CAAAUCCCUCAGCAGCUCCCCUGCCUUUAUAACAAAGACCCUCUGUCAUCUGGGACGUCCACGAAUUUAUACUCGUGUAAGAAAGGCCUCAACGUUUAUCGUGCAAACAAGGUUAGCGCUAGCUUUAAUCUGCCACGAUGCUAGAGGCGCCUUUCUCGAGGCCUAUUUCGCUUCUCUCGCCGCCAGCGACACCAGUAUCCAGCCGUGAAAUUAUCUCUAGUCCAUUCGAAAAACGACCCUCGAUAUUCACCGGCCAUAUUAUGCCUGCCACCAUCCGGCGUGGCACUGGCCUCGCGAGAACAAGAGACAAUGAUCCAGGUGCACAUUAUACAGCGGAGCUGCGAACGGAACGGCUUGAUGAGAUCAAGGAAUAUCUAUGGCUAGCUGGUCUUCCCAGCUGUGCGAGAGCAUUACAUCGACAACGACUGCUGGGCCGUGAAAUUCUGAUUACCGAAGACUCGAACGAGCACCUUGUUUGGCACAAGACACGCAUUUUUGUCAAGCCAUUCCCGACAUUCUUGUUCGACCUUGACUGCUGGACACAGGAGAUAUGCCGAACCCGGCAACUAUACGAGUCUGGGUGUGGUUUCCUGCUCUCGUAUGCAUGGCUUAUUAGACAUGAGAGCGACCUUCGAAUCGCACACGAAAAGGCGCUACUGCCGAACAAUAUUGAUUGGACAACUUGGACGGAGUUCAUGGACGAUUUCCUUGCUCAUGUUGAUCUGCAGUCUCUCAGCGGUAUAUCACCGAGAUUUCAAUAUGGCGAGCUACGUUUAUCACGAUUGAACAAAAUAUACCGUAUGACACGGUUCAACUGGCGAGAUUUUGUUCGAGGUUACAUGAGCACUUCCACUUGGUAUGGAGACUUCUUCUCUCGCAAGUUUGCCUGGAUGCUGGCAUUUUUCGCAUUCAUGUCCGUGGCUCUGUCGGCAAUGCAAGUGGUCCUUGCAGCAGCGAGAGGAGGUGAGGCGUUUAGCAAGGCAUCUUAUGGCUUCUCGAUAGCCUCGUUGUUUGUAGCAGCUGCAGUUGCGGUAUUAUUACUGGUUGUAUGGGUGACUUUGUUUGUGUAUCAUCUUGUUUGUGCUCGGAUGAAUAAUCGACAAGUCAUGAGUGAAAGACGAAGACUCGUAAAUAUUCGGAAAGACGUGGCAUGAAAGAGGUCUAAUAAAUUGAGAUUGCAAUAUUUAUCAAGAUGUAGGGAAUGAUCUCCUGCAUCCAGAGAGAAGCUUCAAGGAUG